UGUUGUUGGUGUUCCGCCGGCGGAUUGAAAACGUCGGACAACAAGCUGAGGGCAAAGUUGUCCAACCUGUAUGAUGUUGUAGCUAAAACAAACGAUUAUUUAUCUUAAUUAACGAUGAUGUGGGUGGCCAGGCGGUUUCUGUCUACGGUGGCCCAGAGAAGUCAGUAUGCGGGACAGUCUGGUUUAUUCCGCCGCCCACAGCACGGCUGCCUCCCUGACCUGGAGCUGCGGUAUCUCCAGUGCACAUGCUGCUGGCGGAGCAGGGUUCCCGUGGCAGGCUUUGAGACCCUGAACGCCACCAUCUCCUCCACCUCCACCCCUGAGCACUGCAAAGAGGACACCAGAUCCCUGGAUGAGUGCUACACCUCCGAGCAACGAGACACCAUUCUCCAGCUGCUCAACAACGCCACACCGUCAGAGCUGGCCGGCGUCAAGCUCCUGAGAGGCCGCAAGUCUAUCAACAUUGUGGAGUACAGGACUAAAAACGGGCCCUUUAAAACUCUGGAGAGUGUGGUCAAUGUGCCGCUGCUGAAGCACAAAAGUGCUGUGGUAGUGUUCAACUCCAUCCUCAACCCGGUGAAGAAGGAGAGGAAAGUGAGGAUUCAGUUGGCCAAGUUUAUCAGACCAGAGGUUGACAAGUCAUGGCUGGAGGAUGCCAGCUCAAUUGUGUCAAUAGUGUGUGGGACUAAUAAAAUUGCCUGGGCUCAUGUGGACCGUGGGAUGAUGGUGCUGGAAUGGCAGCAGCUGGAGUGUCCUAAUUUCCUGAGGGGGACAUACUUGGCUUCUGCUUACUUGAAUGAUGUCUCCGCGGUCCUGGCACACCUCCCAUCAGCGGACUUCUACAUCAUUGAGAAGUCCUCCAUCUCAGUCCAGAAUACGGCUCUUUUCCCCAUCAUGGCCCACAUGAGGGCUGUGGAGGCCAUGCUGUUUGCUCUGCUCGAGCCAAGAAACUCACCACCUGAUUCCAACAUUCCUCCCAGAGUUCUGAACAUGAUGCGUACUGCUGUGGGACGUCACUUUGGACUCAUGGUGGGCGAGUCGCGGACCAGCGGGGCACAGACAGUGCGACAGCUGAUGACCGAGUCGGUGACACAGAAGCUUCCCAGGAUAAACUUCCCCCCGGAGCUGCUGCUGAAGCACAGCAAUUCUUUCCAGAUGGGCAGCAGGAGAGGAGGGGAGGAACUCUGCGAUGCUCUGCUUCAGGCAGUGGCUUUUUACGAGCUGCUCAGUGAAGCUUCCGGUUAACCACCACAUGGACCCACCUCAUGGCCACGUGAUAAAUAACAUCCAUUAAAGCAAACCUCUUGAGCCUUUUUGGACUUUUACCAAACAGUUACCCCUUGAACAGAUUUGGUGGCGGUUAAUGGUACAUUUAAGUAUUAAAUAUUUUUAUUGUUACAAAACCACUCUAAUACUGGUUUUUUGGGAUGCUGACCAGGAGUCUUGCUGCACGGCUUUGUUAUUUUUGCUGUCGACUGUCUACCAUCUUCCUGCUGUCUAGGGAUUUUCACUCCUCUCGGUUUGUGUUAAGGGUUCAUGUACUACACCAACAGGGCUGGGCAAUGUAUCCAUAAUCAAUAUGGUGAACGUACCAGACUGUUUUAGCUGUUAUAUUAUUUGCCUUUACCCACUGUCCACAUUCAUUACUGAUGAUUAUUUUUUUAAAAAAUCUCAUCCUGUAAUUAUUUUGUGAACGCACCGAUAGCCAACCUUACAAUGUUGUCGUAAUAUUGAUGUUGAGGUUGAGGCCCUACUAUGCAAUGAAAACACUGUACUGAUCUCACCAGCAACCGCACCAGUACCUGAACAAUCACAGUGAUUUACAUUCUAUAAAAAUGAGCAACGCAAUUUACAAAAAUAGAAUGUUUUAAUUUACUUUUCAUGGUUGCACUUACAUGUAAAUAAAACGCAUCUCAUCUGC